AUGUCGAAUGUUAAAAUAAUUAAACCAAUAGCUAAAUAUGCAAAUGUUAAUGGAAGUUUUCCACCACCAACAACAAUAAAACCUUUAGCUGUUGCUGCUACAACAUUAAAAGAAGGUUCAGUAGUGUAUCUUCUUCAUCAAUUACCAUAUAAUUUUCUUUUAACGGAUUUUUAUGAUCAUAAUCAACAUUAUAAUAAAAUUCCGAUUCAUUGUUGGAAUCAACAUUUAAUUGGACCAGGACUUUUUCAAGAAUGGAUAUUAGCAAUAAAAAGUGCUCGUACACCAGACGAGCAAAAUAUUGAAUUAUUUCAAUCAUCUGAAACAAAUGUAUUUGGUUUUCGAACGACACGUUUAAUUGUUCCCGAUGAACCACUCCUUGCUUGGUUUAGUCUUCCACAAUUACGUACAAUAUGUGAAAAAAUUAAAUUAGCAAAAAUAUUUAAAGUUGAAGAACUUCUUAAAUCUACACGAUGUCCUCGAUGUAAAAUUGAACAAAAUUAUUUAAAUGUCUUAGUUGCACAUGUUCUUCUUGAUCAAUGUCGUGAUUCAACAUCAUCAAUUAGCAUGAAUCUUAAUGAACACUUAUUAGUUCAUACAACUCCAACAAAAAAAUAUGCAGUAGAUGUUUCAUCAACAAAAAAAUCUUCAUUAUCUCCUCGUCCAAAUUCAAUUAUUAAUGAUAAACAAAAAGACGAGGAAAUAAUAGAAAAACAUGAUGAACCACAAAAACCAAUAACAUUUUCAUCAAAUGAUGUAUCAUCUUGCAAAAUGAGUGUACUUGAUGGUACACAUGCAUUAGAAUUUACUUCAUUGGAUAAUGAUGGAAGACAACGUAAAGCUCAUUUAUGUCUUUUUUGUGGCAAAAUUUAUAAUCGCAAAUAUGGUUUAAAAAUUCAUCUUCGUACACAUACUGGAUAUAAACCAUUGCAAUGUCGAGUUUGUUUUCGACCAUUUAGUGAUCCAUCAAAUCUUAAUAAACAUAUACGUCUUCAUUCAACAGCAUCAUCAUCAUCAUCAUCCGUAUCCCAUAAACGUCCUUUUGAAGAACAGGAAGAAUUAAAUAUAGAUAGUGAUAGUUCAAAUGUAAAUGCAAUGGAUGAUAACUAA